GUACCGCAGAACUCCCGCAUGAUUAGCACUUUUUUGACAUUGUGACUCAGGUGCCCUCCGCGCUGGCCGGUUAUUUAUUCCACACCUGAGAAGCCGUCUGAGGUCAAUCAUUUUCACCCCUUGCUGUGAUGCCUUGCUUGAAAGUUCGUUGCUGUACUUGGAAUGUGGGAGAUGAAGGUCCUCCACCGGACGACUUGCAUCACCUAUUGGGUCUGGGCAAUUCAGACACACCUGAGAUCGUCGCAUUAGGACUGCAGGAAAUUGUCGACCCGGAUGAUUGGAAGAAGCGACUAAUUGAGCACCUCCAUCCGGCCGGAUAUGUUUUGGUCAAGGCCCGAAACUGCUGGGCCAUUUGGAUGCUGGUGUUCGUUCGCAGAAAUCUUUUGUCCGCCAUCACAAAUAUUGAAUCCGAAGUCACUCCCUCCGGUUAUGUUGGGGUGAUGGGAAACAAAGGUGGAGUGAGUGUUCGGUUUGAAAUUUGUGGCGUAAAUGUGGUAUUUCUUUCGUGUCACUUCGCGGCACAUGCGGAAAAUACCAGAGACCGGUUAAAUGAUUACUUGGACAUCAUCACACACCAGACUUUCCGAGACGAGGAUGUGCAUUCCAUUUUAGAUCACGACUACGUGUUUUGGAUGGGUGAUCUAAACUUUCGACUCGAAGGUCUGGACAAGCCCACUGUGGAACGCUGCGUCCAGGAAAAUCGGUUCGCAGAACUUCUGUCCAAUGAUCAACUGUGUAUCAACAAGAGGAGGAAGUUAAUUUUCGAGGAUUUUAAAGAAGGUGAAAUCAAUUUCCCGCCUACUUUCAAGUUUGACAAAGGCACCGACAGAUACGACAGCAGCUCCAAACAACGCGUUCCCGCUUGGACAGACCGUAUUCUCUACAUGGCGCAUCGCGACUUCGCCACGGACUAUUACGCGAGCGUGUACGGUGACGCGUCUACCGCGCGCACCUCCCGGCGAGUUCCAAUUCGUGGCGCUCCAUCCGAAGCUGAUCGGAUUCCACCGAUCAGCCGGCGUGCUUCCCUCGGGCCGUACCAACCAGAAAUACAGCUUUUGCAAUACACCAGUCUUUCCGAGUACAAGUCUUCCGAUCACAGACCUGUCGUGGGCACUUUCACCUUCGCUGUUCCCAGUCGGUGGUUCAGCCUGCCCAUCAGCUUUGUGGAACCCCAGGUGAAAGAACUGCGGUAUGGAACUGACUUGGAAUUCCUCUGCACACUAAUGGAUCCUCCAGCCGUGUUACAUAUGGAAGACACAGACAUCAUCCUGUCCACAAAGCCAUCCAUCCCCACUCUUGGUUUCAUACAGCUGAUGCUCAUGUCAGCGUUGGGCCGGCCAUCGACUCACUCACCGGAGCAAGACCGGACACCAGCUGCGCCUCAUGCUUUGGAGAAGGGGUCGCGAGAUUGGAUUGGCGUGUAUCCGGCUGAUUUUGUUGACUUGGAAAACGGCUACACCACGUAUGUGUACGCCCCGAAGUGCGCUACCUCUGUCGCCCAGGAGGUUCAUGCCGCCACUGUGGAUAAACCCGCUUUCCCUUGUUUCAAGGGUAAAAUCCCCGCGCGUCAGUUGGCCCAAUUAAUUAACCAACGAGUGCAGUUGGUGUACUGGAGCGAGAGGAAGAAUUGCCCGCAAGGCUACAGUCAAGUCAUCCUGAUCAAGAGUUAAGAUGCGCAUUCCACCUUCAUGGUGAAUUUCCCACUCCCUCCCACCUACCUAUCGAUGACGAUCGCCGUUAAUUUGUCUUUCUUGGCACCGUCACACUUCCGAUUCUCCCCACGCGGUGUCAUUUCACCAUCGCCUGUGGAUUUCAGCUCCUUAUCUUCCACCUUAAUUAUCUGUGAUGCCGUCCAUUGAACAUCCAACUUUUAUUUCACCGGUGCAAUUUACGCUGCUUUGUGUAAUCUUGCUGACUCCAAAUGACAUCUUGUUCCGUGUGUACUGGCUGGUUUUCGCAAUUGUGGUUUUACCGCUUCUGUCAUCAUGAAUAGAUUCUGUUAAAGUGAGGUCGCUGUGGUCCGGUUACGUCAGUUCACCGUGAUUACUGUAUAUUCUAUACUGUAGAUAUGCAGCGAUGUUGUAUAAAUCUGUGUAACCCCCACGAAAUUUGAUCGAGUACUACGC